AUGCUCGAAGAAAAUCGGGAAGCCUCUGGUAAUACCGGGCCCAAACAGCAGUGGGCUUCUGGGGAUAAUGAUCACCUCUGGAAUCAUGUCAAUAAAUUUGAUGACCGCGUCGAUAACCUAACUAAAACCCUCGGAGAUUUUAAAGGAGAUGUAAAUAAAUCCAUCGGUGAACUUGUAAAGGCGGUGGAAAAAGGCUUCGGAGAGAUGAGAGUGGACAUUACGAAAUUGGAAACCAAGAUAGUAACCGAAAUUGCGGGACUCAAGUCCGACUCCAAGGUCACCAAAUGGCAAAUUAACUUGCUAUUUGGAGGAGCAACAGCGGUUGUCGUUUGGCUUGUAAAGGACUACGCCGAGGGCCACUUUUCUCUUAAACAUCAAGUCGAUAGUACACAUGAAGUUUCUUCUGAGCUGGUCGCGGAUGGCGGCGCCGAUGCGAAAAGAUGGUUCAAUAUUUUCUAA